AUGGAGCUCACAUCAGCCUGCGUGGUGCUCGGCGCCGUUCUGCUGACCAUCGAGCCGAACAGGCCUCAGUUCUUCCGCUACGAGUCCUUCAACCUGACCUGUGGCGGGGCCGGCUGGAUGUUGAUGAGAACCCCCUCGCAGCCCGUCUUUCCAUGUGACCCCAAGGGCAGGAGGAACGUCUCGUCCUGCAUCAACCGCAGCGCCCACAUGUCGGACAGUGACCGCUACUGGUGCCAGUCCCAGAGCGGCGAGUGCAGCAAUGGCCUCGACAUCACCGUGACCACCGGGGUUGUGAUCCUGGAGAUUCCUGCGCUCCCGGUGACGGCCGGAGGAAAAGUGACGCUCACCUGCUCCCACAAGGAAAGACACGACCCGAAGUCCUCAUCGAACUUCAGCGCCAAGUUCUACAGAAACGGCACGUUCAUCGGCCAGCAGCCCAACGGAGAGCUGACCUUUACCAGCAUCUCAAAAGAAAACGAGGGCUUCUACAAGUGCGAGCACCCCACAGCGGGACAGUCCCCAGAGAGCUGGCUGGCCGUGGAGGGGAGUCUGACC